AUGGCAGUCAAGUUUGGCGACUCUGGCUCAAUGUUGUCGCUUUGGGAUCAAACUAUUCAUUUCGUUUCCCGCCUAAGAUACCGCACCCGUCUUCAUAUCGGUCUCGUUUUGAUCUUUCUUUCCCUAUGCUGGCUGUACGGCACUUCUAGCGUGCGAAGCAUCAGCCGAAUUUACAACGACAGGCUCAUCAGCACCAAAGAUCACAGUACGUGGGAUGAUGGCUCCACAAAAUCGCCUUGGACGAAGCCGCGGGCUGGGCACUUAAUUCCCCCGAAAAUUUGGCAGAUUAUGCUCCCGAAAGUAUGGGAUGAGACAACUCCGGUUGACCCGGAUACUUUGAAGGAGACGACGAAAUGGUUGGCGAUGAACAGGGACUACACGUAUACGCUAGUAGGUGAAAUCGGCAGCAGGGAAUUUAUUCGCCGUCACUUUGGCCACAAUAACACAAUUGUCUCGACGUACGAAAACCUACCGAACGUUGGCAUGAAGUCUGAUCUCCUCCGAUACCUUCUUCUCGACAUUGAGGGCGGCGUCUAUACUGAUACCGACACGCUUGCUCUCAAACCUAUUGACGAGUGGGUUCCAGAAAACCUGCGUAACCAGACCCGACUCGUUGUUGGUAUCGAGUUCGAUCAACGCGACGGAGGCAGAUGGGCUGAUAUCCCCCACGCAUUGCAAUUCUGUCAGUGGACUAUUGCGGCUGCCCCAGGACAUCCUGUCUUCCAGAAGAUGGUGUCUCGUGUUAUUCGAUCAUUAGAGGACCUGGUACGGACACACAGCAACGGCGAGGACAGUUCGACGUGGAAACCUACGAGCUUCGAGGUCAUGAACUCCACAGGCCCGGCGGCAUGGACGGACGUGGUUUGGGAGUACCUACAAGAGACCGAUCAAACUUUGACAGACAUUAGAAACUUGUCAUCUUUGGGACCGCCGAGGUUAUUCGGUGACGCGUUAGUCUUGCCGAUUGAUGGGUUUGGUAUGGGACAGCCUCAUUCAGGUAGUACAAAUGACGGAAGUAUUCCUGAGGGUGCUUUAGUAAAACACUUGUUUGGCGGUUCUUGGAGAGGAGACAAGCGAUGA